UGUCAGAGAUAUAGAUCCUGGUGAGCAACUGUUCAUUACCUACACUGAGACACUGCAAUUGCUGAGUGAGCGUCAAACCGAGCUACAAAAAGGCUACAACUUCACCUGUGCCUGUGAGAGAUGCUUAGAGGACAUCAACCAAUCCCCCGGAUGUUCUGAACAAUUGCUCUUAAUGGCUGCCAAUGGAAAGGAAGUCCCCCGCUUGUUAAGACAGGAGAUGGAAAAAGAGCUAGCAGAGUUGAAGGGGUUGAAUAAACGUGGAGAGUGGCAGGAGGUGUAUGACAAAGGCAGAGCUCUAUACACAAGCCAUUCGACACAACUAUCCCAUGAUAAUAUUUUUAGUCUGCGUCUCACUAUCCAUCUGUUCCAGGCUUGUCUUGAGUUGUGUCUCUGGGAGGAGGCGCUCAAGUACAGCAUCCAAAUAUUGGAACCAUCUCUCCGUCACUAUGGGCCCAUUCAUCCUGUGAGUGUAUCCCGGCUACGGAUAAUCGGGAAAUUGAGACUAUAUUUAGGAACUCCUGACCAACUGACCCUAGCACAAGACGACCUCACCAAGGCUAGGAAGGCAGCUAUGAAACUGUACGGAGCUGACCACAAUCUUCAGUGCGGCCUGGAAUCGAGGUUAGACCUGAAGAAGCUAUCUGCAAUGAUUGGACUACCUCCAUCGCUGGAGCUGCGCACAGUUGACGGGAUGGGUCGAGGAGUGUUUACUAAAGAGUCUAUAUCUGCUGGGGCCACUAUAUUCAGUGAACUACCUAUAGCACAUUGCAGUGUGGAGGAGACUAGAGGCACUAUCUGUGAGCACUGUUUCAACAGAUCAGAGUCACUGAAGAAGUGCAGCCGAUGCAAGUUUGUUUAUUAUUGCAACUCCGACUGCCAGCGUUUGGAUUGGCCGCUGCACAAGACAGAGUGUAAGGGUGUGAGAGGUGGGAAGGCGACGCCUCUUGUAAGACUAGCUCUCCGAGCACUGACCAGGGACACUCAACACCUCUGCUCACUUCCUUUGAACAGAGAUGCUCAGCUAUUGAUAGUUAGCACUGUUCAGCUCUGCAAACAUCCUCCACGUGUCAUCAAUCAGCUCUUCCGGAGGAUAACCUGUAAUACAUUCUCAGUGACGGCUCCGGAUGACCUCUCCAAGAUGGGCGUGGCCUUGUACUGUGCUCCCUCUCUGCUCAACCAUUCCUGUCGUCCCAACACUCUUCCCUUGUAUUAUGGACGACAACUAGUCCUCAAGGCUGUCAGGGAUAUAGGUCCAGAUGAGCAACUGUUCAUUACCUACACUGAGACAAUGCAAUUGCUGAGUGAGCGUCAACAUCAUCUACAGAGUACAUACAACUUCACCUGUGCCUGUGAGAGAUGCUUAGAGGACAUCAACCAAUCCCCCGGAUGUUCUGAACAAUUGCUCUUAAUGGCUGCCAAUGGAAAGGAAGUCCCCCGCUUGUUAAGACAGGAGAUGGAAGAAGAGCUAGCAGAGUUAAUUGAGUUGGGUGACCAUGGAGAGUGGCAGGAGGUGUAUGACAAAGGCAGAGCUCUAUACACGAGCCAUUUGACAAAACUAUCCCCUGAUAAUAUUUUCAGUCUUAGUCUCACUGUCCAUCUGUUCGAGGCCAGUGGUGAGUUGAGUCUCUGUGAGGAGGCGCUCAAGUACAGCAUUCAAUUAUUGGAACCAUCUCUCCGUCACUAUGGGCUCCUUCAUCCUGUGAGUGUAUCCCGGUUACUGAUAAUCGGGAAAUUGAGACUAUGUUUAGGAACUCCUGACCAACUGACCCUAGCACAAGACGACCUCACCAAGGCUAAGACAGCAGCUGAGAGACUGUACGGAGCUGACCACCGCCUCACUCGGGAAAUAGCCACCGUUCUAACCAAACUGUAACUACAUGCAGCUUGCAGACAAUAACCAAACUGACUAUGUACGAUUGUUUAUUAUAUAUUCUUGUUGACAAAUGAAUAGUGGUCAGUCAUUGUGCACAAGAGACCAAAUCUCAUAUUUAUGACAAAGUG